AUGUAUAUGUAUACUUUUAGCGCAACUGACCACAUACAUCUUAUAUCUUUAUGUAUAAUACAUCAUAUAAAAAAUAAUCCGAAAAAAAUUUUUAAAAAAUCAGCAUUUAUUUAGUAUAAUCUUUAAUUGUUACAAUAAAAAUAAAAUGCCAAGUGCAUUGUUAACUGAUGCAAUGGAAUUAGAGCUUGGAGCUCAAGAACCAUGGCCACAAAUAAUAAAAUUAUAUCAACCUCAUGAAGUGGAGCAAAUAUUGCUACCAGACAAUGCCAAUUGUUUAGCAGUACAAGCUUAUUUACAUAUGUGUAAUUUAGAAUAUCAAAUAGAACCACGUAAAAAUGCAGAGUUUAUGUCACCAAAUGGUAAAGUUCCAUUUGUACAGUGCGGCGCAUUUCUUAUUUCCGAGUUUGACAAUAUUGUAACAUUUAUAAACAAUAAGGGUACAUCGCUGUCAAAUGAUUUAACUCAGCAAGAGAAAAUAGACAUGAGAGCGUAUAUAUCAUUGAUAAAUAAUGGAUUAGCCAAUGCCGAGCAGUAUAUUUGUUGGGUUGAUCCUGUAACACUUGAUAGUGUUACCAAACAAAGACACGGUAGUGUUUAUCCUUGGCCUUUAAAUCAUAUUUUGAAUUGGCAGAAACAAAGACAAGUUAUUAAAAAAUUAAAAGUACUAGGACUGUAUAAUAAAAGUAUUGAUGAAAUUUAUCAUGAUGUUAAAAUGUGCUGUACUGCAUUAUCUGAAAGAUUAGAUGGCAAGCCGUAUUUUUAUGGCAACAAAGGACCAACAGAACUUGAUGCAUUAGUAUUUGGUCAUUUAUUUACAAUUUUGACAACACCGUUGCCAGUUAAUAAAUUAGCUGAAAUAGUUAAAAGUUAUCCAGAUCUUGUUGAUUUAUGCAAACGCAUCGAGCAGAGGUAUUUUCAACGUACAAACGAUGAUUAGGGUUUACUUAAUAGUACGAGUUUUAAUUUUAUCGAAAUUAUUUACACAGAUUAUGAUCAUUGUAAAUUUUUAUGUCUUGCAUCUCAAACAGAUAAAUAUAGUACCGGUAAAAUAAUUUGUAAUAUUAUGUAACAAUUACUUGAUUUUUUUUAUCAUAUUCAAGUGAAAAAUUUUAAUUCCCAUACAUUUUUUUUUUUACAAUUAAAUUAACAUGAAAAUAACGAUAAAUUUAAAACUCGUGCAAAAAUAAAUUGUAUGUAGUAAUAAAAUAAAUAUAUACAGAAUAUAAAGUA